AUGCUCAAUCGCUUGUGUGGGCCGCGCACCUUGCACAAAACAUUAGUCUCUAGCUGCAAACAUCGCUCUGCCACCCGUGCCUUGCGAAGCCAACAAGCUUUGACUCAAAAUGUCAGGUUACUGCAUUAUAGUAGAGCACUGAGACAAGAAAUCAGGGCUCCCGCGAAGAAAGGGUUUUUCGCUGAAGGCUUUGGUAAACUGAUCAGAUGGUCUAUAUUCACUACCGGGGUUGUAGUUUCCUCAGUGGGAAUUUCCUUAGUGGCAUUCUUUUUGUACGAUGCUACCACCUACGGGGACUGCGAGAUCCCGGAAUACAUCGAGGUGCCCAAGCUAGCUCUUUCACCAGAGCUUGGAGGCCCUGAGAACUUGCCAAUAUUACGAGACAAUUUGGACGCAUACGACUCAGAAGUAAAGGAAAAAUUAUCUUAUAGACCAAAGCUCGUGGUGCUAGGUUCUGGCUGGGCAUCCGUCGGUGUCUUGAAAUCGCUGGCACCAGGAGAGUAUGAUGUCACAGUAGUAUCACCCCAAAACUACUUUCUCUUUACUCCUCUUUUGCCUUCAGCAGCGACCGGUACUCUUGAAGUGAAGUCUCUGAUGGCAUCCAUUAGAAAAUUAGUGAACGAAGUUAGCGGACACUAUUUGGAAGCCAAAGCCGAGAAGGUCGAGUUUGCUGAAAAUCUGGUUAAGGUAUCACAGGUGAACCCCCAGAGUGGAGAGAAAAGGUUCUUCUAUUUGCCUUAUGAUAAGCUGGUCAUCGCAGUGGGCUCAACAGCAAAUACGCAUGGUGUUGAGGGAUUGGAAAACUGCUCUAGAUUGAAAACAGCAGAGGAUGCAAUCAACUUGAGAAGAAAAAUCAAAGACAAUUUGGAACUUGCUUGUUUACCCACUACAUCGGACGAAGAACGCAAGAAGCUUCUGAGCUUUGUCGUUUGCGGAGGUGGUCCAACAGGAGUAGAGUUUGCCGCUGAGGUCUUCGACUUGAUGAACGAGGAUUUACCGAAGACAUAUCCAAGAAUUUUGAGACAACAGGUCUCGGUUCACAUCAUCCAGUCUCGUUCUAACAUUCUGAACACUUACGACGAAACCAUCUCCGAGUACGCAAUGCAGAGGUUUAAGAAAGACGACAUUGACGUCUUGACCAAUUCCAGAGUGCACAAGAUUUUGCCCGAUAGAGUGGUCUUUACGCAAAAAAAUGCGGAGACCGGUGAAAAUGAGCUGAAGGAGCUACCGUUUGGUUUGUGCUUGUGGUCUACUGGUGUCGCACAAAAUCCUUUGGCUAAACAGGUUGUGCAGGAUUUGUCGGCUUUCCAAAGAAAUAGAAGGGCUAUAGAGACGGACUCUCAUUUGCGGGUUCUUGGAGCACCUUCGGGCGAAGUUUAUGCUAUUGGGGAUUGUGCCACUGUCAGAACCGAUCUUGCGGAACAUGCUGUUGAGUUUGUGAGACAAUUUAUUGUCAACAAGCAUCUACACCCCACAAGGAGUACGGAAAUAAUCACAGAUGAUGACAUCAGACACUUGUCUAUCUCUUACGAUGAAAUUCGGGAUCUGGCAAGAGAGCUUGUCAGAAGACACCCCCAGACCAGAGAAUUUUUGUAUAACGUGGAGGACAUUCUGCCCAAAUAUGAUGUUACCAACCGUGGGUCAAUAGAUUUCGAUCAAAUCACUCAACUUUUGAGGGAUGUCGAGAGCAAAGCUACAUCCAUGCCAGCUACCGCGCAAAGAGCUCACCAGCAGGGUAAAUACAUUGGGAAGAAACUCACAAAGGUCUCCAGAUGCUCUGAAACCACUCGUGUAAAUGAAAGUCCCCAACUCAUUGCUGAUGAGUCCGUCUACAAAGCUUUCAAGUACGUUCAUCUGGGUUCUUUAGCCUACAUUGGUAACUCUGCUGUUUUUGAUAUUCCUGGGUACUCCUUUGUUGGUGGACUGAUAGCCAUGUAUUUGUGGAGAGGCAUUUACUUCGCUCAAACAGUAUCUUUGAGAACAAGAGUUCUUUUAUUCAUGGACUGGCUGAAAAGAGGUUUCUUCGGAAGAGACAUUUUGACUGUUUGA